GUGUGUGUGUGUGGUGUGUGUGUUGUGGGAGAGUGAUCAUUAGACACCAUGACCAUUAGAAACCCUCUCCGGGAUCAUGGACAGAGGUAUCGACCAAGGAUCGCUUGUCUCAAGAAGGUAGAGAAGGUGCUGCUGGAGAUGCAGGACCUCAAAACGGGAGUUAAGUCACAGCCCCAGAGACUGGUCAUUACAAUACCACACGCUAUUACUGGGGAAGAUAUAAUCACGUGGUUAGUGGACAGAUUCCAAAUGGACACACAAGAGGCGAGGAGUUUUGGCUCAAUGCUGGUGGCGCUAGGAUACAUCUACCCUCUGCAAGACCACAAACGCUUAGUGAUCAAACCAGAUGCGUCCCUCUAUCGCUUCCAGACACCGUACUUCUGGCCCACACAGCAGUGGCCUGUGGAGGAUACAGAUUAUGCAAUCUACCUGGCGAAAAGAAACAUACGCAAGAAAGGAAUCCUGGAGCUGCAUGAGCAGGAGCACUAUAACCGUCUUCACAAGUGGAUGAAUCAUAAAUGGGAUUUUAUAGUGAUGCAAGCUAAAGAACAGUACAGAGCGGCAAAGGAAAGGAAGAAACCGGACCGUGUGGUGUUUGACUGCCAGGAGAGAGCCUACUGGGUGGUUCAUAGACCUCCGCCUGGGACAGUGAGUGCCAUGGACUAUGGACUGGAUCGACUAAUAGAUCCCAACGCAGAUGAGGCCAAAACACCCGACUUCUACGCGAGAAUCAUGAUCUUCACUCAGCAGUCCAUCAUGAGGCCCAGAGUGAAGUCAUCGGUGUCAAUUGGCGCAUUGGUGAAGUACUGUGCCACCUAUAACAGCCACGACCCUUUCCUCUCCAAGUGUCUUCCCAGCAACCCCUGGCUCACUGAUGAUGUCACGUACUGGACCUUGAACAUGCCCUAUGUGGAAAUACCAACUAAAAUGCGUGUGGAGAGGUGGACGUUUAGCUUCGCAGAGCUGCUCUCAGACCCUCGAGGACGAAAUGAUUUCAGACUCUUCCUAAAGAAAGAAUUCAGCGGUGAGAACUUGGCAUUCUGGGAGGGUUGUGAAGAUCUGAAGUGGGGCGAAGCUGCGACGAUGAGAGAGAAAGCAGAGCAUAUCUACAAGACGUUCCUGGCACGUGGUGCACCGCGGUGGAUCAACAUCGACGGAAAGACGAUGGAAAUCACGGUGAAGGGCCUGAAACACCCACACAGAUACGUCCUGGACGCAGCCCAAACUCACAUCUACAUGCUCAUGAAGAAGGACUCGUACGGCCGGUACCAGAAAUCCCCAGUGUUUAAGGAAACGGUGAAGAAGGCCAUCUGUCCUGAGGAGCACCAUUUCACGGAUGCCCAGUUGGAGCAAAAUUCAAAGAAGAGACGGCCUAGUCUCAGCCCCAUUAUCUUGCGGCAGAUGGAGCAGGAGCAGAGGGCCAAGAUGGCCGCCAAUGUUGACAUCACACAGGUCAUGAGCAAACUCAGCAAGCAGGGCAAGGAGGCGCCCCCUCCUCCCUGUCCUCCGCCUAAGAAAUAAACAUCAACAUGUGACGUUCAGGGAUUUUAAGAAACUAUUUAGUGGAAUCAUUAUAAAUAGAUGCUGCAGUUUAUUUCUUAUUGCUAAUGUUUACAUUGUAAUGCUAUUUUACUUAGUUUAAAUGUUUUUUACAAAGACAGUGGAUCAAAUGCUCUUAGUAAUGAACCUACAGAAAAUCAUAACCUCACUGCAGGUUAAAGGGAGCUUUAUAGCAGCUUUCAGCUUAUUGUUUUGGAUUUACAGAAUGCAAGGUUAAUGCUAUUCAAAGAAUCAUAGACAUACAGUUCAUAUAUUCAUAUUAAUUUUAAAGAAUUACAAAGAUCUAUUUGCAAUGUGACGUUCAGUGGAAAGAAACGUCUUCGUUGGUGGUUGGUUCAGCCUCAGAAGGCCACAAAAUUAGAUACUGCCAAUUUCUUUCAACGAGUACAAGUAUAUUUACAGUACGUAAAGAGAUUGGUAAUGGGAACGUGCAUUACUGCGAUAAGAAUCAGACAAAAGAUCCGCAGACUGUAUUAAAAGCUCCCAUCGAUGUUACAUGUGUAAUGGUUUGAGCAGAGAGACAAAGAGGUCUUGGUCAACAUUGGCAAAUCCCCACCACAAAGCAGAACGAGCAAAAUACAGACACAAGCACCUUCCUCACUGAGGAGGUGAUUGGGAUGUGCAUGAGAGCGAUCAAUCAAUUUGAACCAAUCAGAGCAGAGCUGAACGACGCUGCCUGAUACUCCCGCACAGGAGACAGAGCAUGCUUCUGUGAAAAGGAACUAGUAACAUCCAGAUCAAUAUUACACAGGCAUAUAAGACACAUAGGUUGAAUCAAAUUCUUAUCACAAAUCACAUAAAUUGUC